AUGAGACUGCUGGAAUUUGGGCACAUUUUGAACAAAGAACAUCAGUUAGCAAGUAAAGAUGAGAAGCCUAUAAAAGGUAUUGUUCUCAGCUCAGUAUCAGAAUUCAGCAUCACAGAUGUACCAUCUAAGGACACCAAAAAUGACAGAAAACUGUCGGACUCUACUACAUCUUCAUUAUCGUCACUUCAGAAAUGUGGAACACAGUUCAGCUACCUUGAAGAUAAUGCAUCAGGCCAUGAAAGAGACAGUAAUGAUGAAUGUGCCACCCUCAUCCUGGCCUGCUUGUUCUGCCAGUUUUGGGAGUUUCUGUUCAUGUUGCCCGACGUCUGUGAAAACUGGCUGAUCGAUAUGUGCUGCCCUUCCCAUAGAUAUCGCCAAACAUCAAGCGAUGCACCCAACAACAGCGAAUGCAGCUGCAGUUCUGACCUUGACUGCAGCAUCCUUGAGUCUUGUCAUGGAAGUGGGGAAUGUCUUGAACUGGCUCUGGAAAUCUCACAAGUCUGUUAUCACUAAAGUAAAAGUACAGGUGGGGUUCUCUCAAACCAUCCUUGGGGAAA